GCGGAGGCGGUGGAGCUGAUCAGAGAGCUGGGUUUGCCCUGCAGCCCGGCCUGGUCGAUGGACGAGCUGAGUCACACCAUCCAGGAGGCCCUCUUCCCGAGGGACGAGAGCGCCUCUCAGAAGACACUGAAGGGGAUCAGUACCAUGAAGAAGCAGGAGCUGGUCCAGAAGGCAGAGGAGGUCGGAGCCCACCUCACGCCGAACAUGACGAAUGCAGCGAUGAAGCUCGAGAUCCGCAGCGCCGUGCUGAUGAAGACGAAGCCCGAGCCAACGGACUUCAUGGGUUUCGGCAAGCACGGGGCCCUGACGUACCAGCAGGUCAGGAUCCAGUACCCAUCCUACGCCGAGUGGGCCCAGAAGGAGGCCAGCACCGAGAGCAGCUGGGAGCUCACUCGGUUUGCCUCGUGGCUCAACGAGAUGAAGGCAGUCCAGGAGAUGACCAAGGGCCCGGUGGAAGCUCCAGCGGAGCAUACCAGGGCACGAGGGGGCGCGAGGUCAUCCCGUCGGCGCACAAUGGACGUGAUGAUGGAGGACGAGCUCGACGAGGAGACGUUGCGAUCGGCCCCCGAGGAGGAGCUGACAGCCAACCGCCAAGUACAGAAGGAGAUGCUGACGGCUCUGGGCCAGCUCAACCAGAGGCUGGAGCGCCUCGAGGCGCCGAGGGCUCCGAGUUCCGCGGACAGUUUUUAUCGCAGUGGAGCACAGUCAGAGUGGUCCGGCCGGGGUCUGAACUAUGUCAAGGAGCUCGACCCCGGGAAGCAGCGAUGGCUCGCAAAGUGCAUCAGGGAGAGCAACAGCACCGAGGACUUCGAGGCGCUGAUGGCACAUGGGGGGGUCAAGCUCAUGGAGCUGGCCUGCAGCCCCGCAUCCAUCCUGAGCACGAAGAUGGCCGAGAAAUUUGGCGAGGAGACCGUGCAACGGGUCAGCUCGUGGAACGGCCACAAGCUCGGGACGGCCCAGGGUAACCAGAAGGCCCGGGAGACCCGGGACAAGGCCGAGCCCGACCACCUCUGGAUCAGCACUCGGUGUGGUCCCCUGUCCACGCCGCUGACACUCGGUUUCAACGCCUCCAACCCGGCCAGGGCAGAGAUGACCAGGAAACGACGGCUCCAAGCGAUCAAGGAGUACAAGGGUGCGGUGCAAUUGGUGUACGACCAGGUCGCCCAGGGAAGGCACGCCCACUGGGAGUGGCCCAUCAACUGCGAAGGAUGGGGCCACGCCAUGAUUCGCCAGAUGAUCGAGGACUGCUCAAUGACCGUGGUGAAGGUGGCCGGGUGCCAGCUCGGGGUCAAGAAUGAGAAGGGUCACAGGCAUGGUGAGCUCAUGGGCGGGGGCCUCACGGCCUCGACAAGCUACUACACGGACGAGUUCGCCCAGAGGGCCGUGCAGGCCAUGAUCGAGGAGGCCGCGCCAGACUACCACGAGUUCUUGAGGAGCAUGUCUACGGAGAAUGAGACCAACGGGCACGCCUUCGCGGGGCAACAGGAGUCGAACUCACCCGCCGAGGACCCUGGCUCCAAGGAGUACCAGAAGAUCAUGCAGUGGCUCACGUCUGUGCACCGAGGGUCCGGUCACAGCUCCAAGGCGUCCAUGCUGAAUGCGCUGAAGAGGAAGGGGGUGAGCCCCAGGGUGAUGAGGGUGGCCCAGGACUUCCACUGCGAGGCGUGCGAGGAGGCGAACAACCAUCGCCCGACGCAACCGCCCGUCAGUCUCGAGGUCAUACCCCCGAAGUGGAAGCAGAUCCAGGCGGACCAGUUCGAGUGGGAGCACCCCCGGACGAAGCUGAAGGCCAAGUUUUCGCUGAUCAUUGACGAGAACUGCAAGGUCCGGGUCACUAAGCUGUUAUACCACAUGGUGGGUCAGGACCGCCACAGGACUCCCUUCUGGGCAGACCUCAAGAGCUUCUACGAGGAAAGGUGGCUACCGUACUUCGGGAAGCCGCAGCGCGUGAAGGUGGACCCCGAGGGUUCCUGGAUGUCCAAGCAGGCCGCCCAGUAUUUUGACUCAGACUCCAUCGGAUACGAACCGAUCCCCGGCCAGGCUCACUGGCACAUUUCCCUCGCGGAAGAGGCGAUCCAGGCAACCAAGGGGACGAUGGACAAGAUCGUGACUGAGAACCCGGACAUGUCCACCGAAGAGGCCCUGGCCCGCGCCACAGCCGCCGGGAACUCCCGGGAGGACGUACGAGGCCAUUCCCCCUUGCAGCACGCGCUGCGAAGGGCCCCUGACCUGGACGGCCAUUUCUUCGAGAGCGACUUCGACGAGCUGCCCUACGUCGAGGCCCAGCGGGUAGACAAGGAGUACGGCGAGAACUACAUGAGGAUGUACACGGCCGAGCAGGAGUACCUGAGGCAGGUAUACCUGCGUCGCCUGAGUAGUGCAGAGAAUGCCAAGAACCAGUCGCUCAAGGCCGUGGCGCCUGGCAUGUGGGUGCGCUAUUUCCGCAAGGAGAAAGGCGAGGUCAAAGGCCGAUUCAAAAGGCUCGCGCGGGUGCUCGCGGCGGAGACGAGCCGGCCCGUGGACGGUGACCUUGGAGCAAACCAGACAUUGCAUCCAGGUCGUGCGGGACCUGUGGUCUGGUUGGUCCGGGCAGGACGCAUCAUCAAGGUGGAUUUGUGCCAGAUCCGAGCUGCAUCCGCGCGGGAGAUCGCCUACGCUGAGCUCAUGGCGGGCAAGGACACGCCCUGGACCGUGAACACAUUCAUGAAUCAGGCGAUGCGGCAGGAGUACCUGGACUUCUCGGGACACGACCCCACGGAGCAGGCCCGCCACGAGGAGCCGCCAAGUGAGACCAAGUCCGAGCGCAACCAGAUCCCUGUGCGCAGGGCGAUUCGGAAGAAGGCACCACCGCCAGGAGGAGUGGCCAACAUCGUGAAGGCAGCCUGGGCUGCGCAGGCAGAGGAUAUCAUGAUGGAAAGGGCUGCCCUCAUGGCCAAGGCAUCCCCGGAUGCACGAUCCUUCUGGGCACGGCAGGGGACAUCCCUGGAGGUCUCGGUCGAGCUGCCCCUGGCAGGAAAGCCCCUGAAGCAGGCCACGAGACACAUGAGCACCUACAUGGCAGGCCAACUGAAAAGAGGGAAGCGAGAGAUCUCAGAGCGGACCCUCACCCUGGAGGAGGUGAAGAAGUUCAGCGUCGCCAAGGCCACCGAGGAUGUAAUGCGCAUGCGGUGGAUCCUGGAGUGGAAGAUGGACGAGACUACGAGUGAGAAGAAACCUAAGGCCCGGAUCGUGGUCUUGGGUUACAUGGAUCCUGAAUACGAGCACCGGCCGACGACCGCCCCAACCAUGACCAGGACCUCCCGGCACCUGGUGCUGCAGGCUAUGGCGUGGCUCGGGUUCAAGGGUUACAAGGCCGACGUGACAGGAGCGUUUACCCAGAACCGGGAGAUCAAGCACGACCUGUUCGUGAUGCCCGUGAAGGAGCUGGCCGUCGCCCUGGGGAUGCCCGAAGGGGUUGCGAUGCGACUGCGGAAGGCAGUCUAUGGGCUCGUGGAGGCAGCCAUCGAGUGGUUCAUGACGGUGAGCGAGGCCCUGGAGGAGUUCGGCUGGACGCAGAUGAAGAUGGACCCAUGCGUUUGGGUACUCUACGGCCAAUCCCACGGCCAGGACACCAGCUUCACGAAGGAGGCCCUAGGUCAAUUCACCGGGUCCGAGGUAAUGGGCGAGCUGAUCGCGGCGAAGGGUGACCUGGACAUUGUGGCUAUCGCAGGGUCCCACGUGGAUGACUUCCUGCUCGGAGGGAAGGAGACGGACCCCAGGUGGGUCGAAGCCCGGAAGAAGAUCGAAGAGCGAUUCAAGUGGAAGGCAUGGGAGACCGACGAGUUCGUGCAGACUGGUGUCCGUAUCAGGCAGCUGCCAGAUGUGAGCUUCAAGAUGGACCAAAGUGAGUACGUCAAGACCAUCGAGAAGGCAGUCGUGAGCCCGGAGCGAAAGAAGAACAAGGAUGCCCCGACCACCGACAAGGAGAAGGGGCAGCUGAGGGCAAUCCUGGGCGCCAUCGGCUGGCGCUCCGAGCAGUCAGGCCCCAUGCACUCGGCGGACACAAGCCUAUUGCUAAGCACGAUACCGUCCUCCACCGUGCAGACCCUCCUGGACACGAACCGCCUGGUGGACAGGGUGAGGGAGGGAGCAGACCUCCCCGUGGUCAUCCACAGCCAUUCCAGCGCGCAGGUGAUCGUUCCCAUCGAGUGGUCAGAUUCCUCGGAAGCGAACCGCCCCGACGGAAAAUCCACCAAGGGACUUGUCACAGGGAUGGCCCCACUACGCAUCCUGCAGGGAGAUGAGUCAGACGUGAGCAUGAUAUCAUGGAAGUCAGGGAAGAUUGACCGAGGGUGCCGGAGUUCAGUAUCAUGUGAGACCCGAUCAGCUGUGGACGGUGAGGACGAACUGUUCGGGGUCAAGCUCCAGUGGUUGGAGAUACUCGUGGUGGACUCCAAGGGUCUCUACGACAAGCUGCAGACCACGGUGUACACAUUCCGCGGCAAGGAAAAGAGGACUGACGUGGAGGCCAUGACCUUAAAGGAGGGAUCGACGGCGUCCAACAACUGGGUGCUGUGGGUACACGGAGAUGCUCAGCUGGCGAACUCUUUGACGAAGGGGUUUGAGCCCGGACAGCUGAGGAUGUACUACAACAGUGGCCACAGGUGGAAGCUGGUCUACGACGCCUAG